UUCAGUCUAGAUUCAAUAACCAGAAUAUAGAGUUAGUGGUUGCUUUUUCAAGUAAAUUCUUAGCGUUGUGUGAAGGAAUUUUUGCAAAUUUGUGUCUCAUAUCAAAAGUAGCGUCAUAACCAGACCCGGAUAAGAAAAGCCACUUUUUCCUUACUAAGCAUUCGCUAUAAAGCUUUCCACGAAUCAGCAUCGAUUGUACCGUCCUGUUUAAAUAUAAUAAUUAAUGUUUAGACUAGGCAUUUCGACACAAAGUUAAACAAAAUUAUUUCACACAUUGCAUUUGUGUAAAGGAUUUUUGAAGUAUUUUCUGUGUGCACUAAUCGGAACUUUAAUUUCGUAAAAAAAAAUCAGACUCUUUGCAUGUAUAAUAGCGUCAUUUGCAAACAAAAUUAAUGAGUGCUUAGCUUGGAUUACGUUUUAAAAAGCUCAAAAAAUUUAUGACUUUUUGCAAUUUAAAAAAGUGUGUUCUGAGGAUAUUUAACUACUUAUAAAGACACAAAUUUUCUGCCAAGAAAAUCGAUUUUUCCAGUGAUAGUCUAACGACUUAAUUUUUGAUUCGUCGGGAGUAUAACUAAGGUCUACAAAAUUUCACACUUUGGAGUUAAUCUGUUUUACGUUAAACAGCCCGCGGAGAUUUUUCAAUCUCCAACGCAGGCUGUUAAAGCAAUCAGUCCACCAGUGUUAACAAACCCGUCAAUUCCAAAAAAACUAAUUAUGGUGACGAGGACGAAAAAAAUUUUUGUCGGUGGGCUUUCAGCUCCUACAACACUGGAAGACGUGAAAAGUUAUUUUGAGCAGUUUGGACCGAUUGAAGAUGCGAUGCUUAUGUUUGAUAAACAAACAAAUAGACACAGAGGCUUUGGAUUUGUUACUUUUCAGAGCGAAGAUGUAGUUGAUAAGGUCUGCGAAAUUCAUUUUCAUGAAAUUAACAACAAAAUGGUGGAGUGCAAGAAGGCCCAGCCUAAGGAAGUCAUGUUACCAGCAAAUCUGGCUAAGACUCGCGCUGCAGGCCGAACAGCAUACGAUAAUAUAAUGUGGGGGCUUGGAACACUUCCUGAUGGCUUUCCAGCAGCUGCUUAUGCCGCAUACGCUGCAGGCAGAGGGUACUCCGGAUAUCCCAGUUUUGGACUACCUUAUCCUACAGUUGAUCUUUCAAAUGGCCAAUUAACUCCAAAUAAUAACACACCGCUACUCACUCAGGCUCUUUCAGAAUUACCCUCUUACCAAACAUUUACAGUAAUGAAUAAUUAUCAGGCAGCAGCAGCUGCCCAAGGUUUUGGACCGUCAGCAUCACCUCAUACAACAACUCCCAGGCAAGGCUUUCCGUCAACAAAUUCGCCUGGUCCAACUAUUGAUAUGUACAGCUCCAGUGGUGCAGAUAGCGUUGGCUAUGUCCAGGCAGCCAGUCCGCAGCCAUCAGGAUUUCCUAUAGCAGUUAGCCGGGCUCCAUUAAAUUACAGUCCGGGUCCACUCAUUCCUGCAGCUUUCACAAAUGGAUACCACUAAAAUAUUCAUCUUUUGUAAACUUUGUUUUUGUUUGGGCUACUGAAGCAUCCGCAUCAGCAAAUUGCUGGAAACCACUUCACACAUUAAACAAUAAACAAUUAAGAUGUCACAUCUACUAAAAUUUGGCCAACCUAAAAAUGUGAGGUUUUAACAAGCACCCAUUCUAAUGUUUGGCUACAACAGUUAAUACAUAUUUUAAAACAUAAGAUUUAUGUAACUGAAACUGUAAGAAAAUAUUAAAUGAUUAACUGAUUAAUGGAAUAAGUAAUAGUGAAAUAUAAAUAAACCAUAUUUUACCCAACUAGGUGGUAUAUAUCGGUAUAUACAUACAUAAAUAUAUUGUGUAAGUUUAUAUUAAUAUGAAACGUAGAUAUAAAAACAGUUUAUAUUUUUAACUACAAACAUUUGUAUAAAUAUACUCAGUAUAAGACUACAGAAGCCAUGAUACGAUGAAAAUUAACUAAAAACUACUCAAUAAAACAUAAAUUUAAAAGGAGAUAAUUAGAGAUGCCCAUAAAAGUAAGAGAGAAUACAAAAAAUUCAUGAAAAUUGUAACCGUUUUUAACUACUUGUAAAUAUCUGCAAGUGAAAAAAAUCUUCCCUAAUGUAAUCAAAAUAUAAGUUUUUUUAAAAUUAUUUUCAAAGUUUUAAAUGUGUUCUUUAGUUAAAAGUUGAAAAUUAAAAUUAUUGUCAUUAGAUAGAAAAUGUUUUUUAAAAAAUAGUACGGUCAAAAACUUUGUUAUUAAUUUUUAUUAUUUAAAUAUCCAGUUUACAGCAAUUGUUAUCAAUGUUAAUGGAGUUAUUUAAUAAUUUUCAUUAAAAAAAUGAACUUUUUAUUCGAUAGGUAUUUUCCUUUUUGAGUUCAGAAAAAUUCGCUUGUGCCACACUAAAUGAUAUUACACAAUGGCAUCAGACCAAAAAACAAAUUCCAAGCAAACAAAAACACCAAUUUUUAAGAUACUAAGAUUUAUCAAUAUUACAUAAAUAGUUAUGUUCAGAUAUACAUCCACCAUUUCGAACACGCAAUAAUUUCAAUGUUAUUUAUUUUCAUAGAUAGGCAACAAAAGUUAAAGAAAGAAUAGAUAGUAUAGGUUUUCCAAGUCACCUUACAUAAGUUCUAUUUCCUUUUCAAGUAAGAUAAUAAAAUAACAAUUAUUAUUUAAAUAUCUCCGUUUUUUCCUUUUUUCUCUCUUUUGUGUCUUUUAGUUAGUUAGUUAUUAUUUACUAUGUAUUAACAAAAAUCUUAGAUUGCUCUGUACAAAAAAUUGUAUGCAACAUCAUUGUACCAACUAUUCUUUCUUAAAAAUGUGGAAGCAUUUGAAAUUCAAUUUGUUUAAACUUUUUUUUGAAUUUGCCUUUUCCAAGUUAUCGAAAUUAAUUUAUCGAAAUUGAUUUGCCUAGCAGAAUUAUUAUAAAAUAAAAUUAAAAAAGUUAUAUCUAUACUUUUCUACAAUUAUAUAUAACAAAGCAAAUGUAAAAAAAAACUCUAUUUAAAAAUUGAUAACAUUUUACACAAAGAAAAAUUAAAAAAAUAUAUUUACAAAACAGAUGUAGAUGCUAUAAUUAAGUAAGAUAGAUAGUGAUAUACUGAUUAACAUAAACAAAAAUGGUAAACUAAUGUAUUGCAAAGAAAAACAUUUGGAUGCAUUUUAUUUAAAAAUAUGUAUCGAAGUGACAUAGAGGAAUAAUAAACUGUACAUCAUUUCUUCUAUUUGUUUAUUGGUUGACUGACUAAUUUUUCUUUUAUAACGAAAGCAAACUAAAAGAUAAAGUCUCUACACAAGUGUUUAGAGAUAUGUAUUAUGAUCUAUAUAAUAUAAGGACAAAAGUUAAAUAUAUAUAUAUGUAUAAGAAAAGUUCUAAAAGCAAUAAAACUAUAUACAAUACAAGUUAAAAUGAAUUAACAAACAAUGUGCAAUUCUUUAAUAUAGUUUCUGAAAUAAUGACAAAAGUUAUAUAUUGAACAUUUCAAACUAUUUUGAAAAUUAAAUGUAAAUAGAAAAACGUAAAAAUCAAUUAUUUUCUAAAUAGUUACUUAUUUUUUUCAUGAAGAGUAUUGAACAAUUAAUUGUUAUCUUUUUGGGAGGAAUGAAAUUCUUUAAAGUAAAUUAUAUUAAACCUUAUAGAAAUGAACUAAACAUCAGCAUAUAGCUGGUUUCAAGUAAGUUACUAAUUAAAUUCACUUGAGUUUUUUUCUUUAAGAAAAGUGAGGAAAUUUAGAACCUAUUUUGAUGUAAAAUUUUAUUUUUAAAAAUUAUUAUAGUCAGACUCCGAUUGAAGAGUUUUUAAAUUUUACAUUUAUUUAUAAAUAAUGAAUUUUUGAAACCAGUCAAUUAUUUCUAAUUUCAUAUUUUUUGGUUAGAUAUUAAUGAAUUAUUAAAAGAAUUUUAUUAAUCGCGCAUAAGAGUCAAUAAGCAAACUUAAACCCAUUUUCAAAAUAAAAGUAAGAAUAACACCCUAUGAAGAGUCAAUUUUACUUUGAUAUGAAAUUUGAAAUCUAUAAAUUAAAAAAUUUACUGAUGUGUAAAACAAGGAUCAAUCUUAAAAUCAAGAGAUAAACUAUAUUUGAUACAACAUAUUAUACUUGUACAUACGUACUUUCUUAUUUUGGCAACCCUUAAUUUUUUUCAAACAAAUAAACUGAUUCUUUGAGGACAUAUCAUA